CCAAUAUGGCGAACUUAACCUGACAACAAUCAGACGAGCACUGACAAAUAUACAACUCUUCGGAGCAGAUGUUGUGAAGUUGCACUCAACAGUGAGACAGUAUGAAGAUCCAAGGGUGUGUAGCAAUAGUCACAGGAGGGGUACAGGGAAUCGGAGAGAAAAUUUGCAGAGCUCUGCUGGAGAAAGGAUGCAAGGUUGCAGUAUUGGAUUUAAAUCAUGCUAAAGGCUUUCAAUUCCAAGAGAGAUUAGAAAGACAGUAUGGGUCAGGAAAAGUGAUCUUCAUCAGAUGUGAUGUUACAUCAAAAUCUCAAAUGAAAGACUCCUUUGAGAAGACAAAAGAGAUGUUUGGUCAGAUCAAUAUUGUUUGUAAUAAUGCUGGUAUAACAUCAAAAAAUGAAGAGGUAGAUGAAGAAUGGGACAAAGAAGUUGAUGUGAACUUGAAGGGUGUAAUUCAUGGAACUUUUCUUGGUGUUUAUCACAUGAGUGUUUCACGCGGAGGAACGGGUGGCAUUAUCAUCAAUGUGGCUUCAAUGGCAGGCAUUUUCCCUCUAGGACAGUCAAUGGCUGUGUAUUGUGCAACAAAAUUUGGAGUAGUUGGGUUUUCACAAAGUCUAGGGGGACUUCAUAAGACAGAAGGAGUGAGAGUAAAUUGUAUUUGUCCAAGCUACACAGAAACAGAUUUGUUUUGGUCUUCUUAUGAUGAAAAGCGAGCCAAAGAGCUUCCAGAAUUGCAUCAAACCCUUUCUAAAUAUGGACUGAUCAGGCCAGAAGUUAUUGCCACUGGAGUUAUUCAACUGAUUGAGAAGGACAGCACUAAUGCAGCAGUGAUGAUGGUGACAAAAAAGAGAGGAAUUGAAAUCAUGAGGCCAAGGGGAUCAAGAAUAUCAAAAUUAUGAAUUGUAAAUUUCUGUGGACUUGAUUUAGUUCUAAGUGAGACAAAAACAAACAAUUAGCUUAGUCAUCAGAGAAUUAAGAUACCAAUGAGAGAGUGCAAAGUACAAGUCCAUUUUUUAUUUUUUUCCGUAGCUUUAUAUCAACUUGUGUUAAAGAUAUUGUUUUAUGUCUUGCCACAUAAUAGGUGAUCAAGCAAUCAGUCAAUUUUAAUCAUUUACUCUUGUGGUUAGUUGUUAAGUCUGUCAUUUAGUCAAUCGAGAUAAGUACAGAAGCAUGUUGCGGUCUGAUUUAUCUGACAGUUAGUUGAUUAAUCAUAACCAUUACAACUUCCUCAAAGGUGAUGGGAGCAUUAGCUGCUUUAUUUUUCACUAAAUGUUCUCUAAAGUUGUUAACAGACAGUGUAAUCAGACAGUUGGCUGUGAUGGGACACCUGUAAUUGGACAUUUAAAACAGCCAAUCAUGCAUAAAGUCCACUUGGCAAAAUCCACCAAUCACAGAACUUAUUUCAGUAACAAAACACAAACUGGAUGAAUUUUUUACUGGAGAUAUUUUCUCAAAUAGAUGUAGCUUUUCUUUUUUUUACAGAAAUUUUAGUGGUUAUGAUUAUUUGCUAACAGGACGAUAUGUGUCAUCCAAUUCAGUCUGUAAUUAUACUGACAAAUCAGACUCCUACUUCAUGGUCAUCCAAUUUUGCUAAUCACUCAUAUGAGUACAAACCAAAUUGAAGUGCACUAGGUCCUAUUACCACUAGUAAUCAAUCAAGUAGAAAAUCAAUCAAUCUGUUAAUCAAUCAAUUCAUCAUAAAAUCAAUGAAUCAAGCAUUAAGACAAUCAAUCAAUGAAUCAUACAAUCAGUCAAUCAAGCAUUAAGACAAUCAAUGAGUCAUACAAUCAGUCAAUCAAGCAAUCAACCAAUCAGGCAAUUAAUAAUUAAUCAAUCAGUCAAUCAGCCAAUCAAUUAGUCAAUUAUUCAAUAAAUCAAGCUGUCAAUCAUUCUAUCGGUCAAUGAAUCACAUUAUUUGCCACUUACCGUCAGCUUGCAAAGCUAAUUUCUGGGAAGCAAGCAUAGCAAGCAAGCAAGCAGCAUCAUAAUCAGGAUUUGACAAAAAUAUAGGGGAUGCAAAUUCAUCAGUUUUUACCAGAAUGCAUUGCAGCCUUUAACCAGAGUACAGUGCACCACGAUUGUUGUGUAUUGCGUUACAUAGCGUUACAACUGUAAAGACAUUUCCUCGAGGUACUAAUUGCGUUGUAAAUCUACUUUCCUAAGUAAAGGCAAAUAAACUAA